AUGCAGGAAUCAGAGGAAUCCAGAGAUAAGGAGAACAUUCCAGACCAGGUGGAUGGGGGCACUAUGAGUGCAGAAAAGAAAAAGGGUGCAAAAGCCAGUAAAAAACACCUUUCCUUUGACUUGGAGAGAAAAGGGAUAUCUGUACCCGUAGUGCCAUCAAACGUACCUGUUCCAGACCCCUCAAACAACCCCAUUCUUAUUUCCAUCGGCCCUCCACAUCAUCAACCUUCUGUCUCCAGCGAGUCCCAGUACCAGGGUCUCUCACGAGAAGAUGACUACACCAACAGUGAUGGACGGAGAAGGGAAGGCGUGCACUGCUAUCCUUCGACUAGGGAUGGUGGCGUCCCCAAAAAAACAAUAGCAGAACUACAAAGCAAGUUACAUGAGAGCUUCCUGCAAAGUGCAAGAGAUGAAGGCAGGAGCUACCCCCCGUGCCAAAGAGUGGACUGUAAACCAGACCAGAUUUCAUCCAAAAGUUUCAGCGCCUUCAAGCCCUUGUCAGAGUUCUCUAGGAGAGCAUCCAGACUAAGGGAUGGAAAUUCAUCUAACUGGGAUUCUGACGGGUCAUCGGGUACUGAUGGGCCACCGAACAGAUCUUCGGAUGUGAAUUCACCCACUGUUGAAAAAUCUUAUUGGGGUGAAGCUGGUGCAUUACACACAGAUAACAAAGAGCACUUACAGGCGCACUCGUUUGCAUCUCAAAACUUCAUCUCUGAUGUUGAGCACAUAAAGCAGCACAUUUCUCGGGAAAACAUAAGCUUCGUUCGCUUUGAGGCUACUGAUCUUCAUGGUGUAUCCCGGUCCAAGACAGUUCCAGCUCGGUUCUUUCAUGAAAAGGCUGUAUAUGGCAUUUCAAUGCCGAGAAGUUACCUAGAGUUAACCCUAAGCCCCCGGGUUAAUGAGGUUGAUCAUUCAAGUUCCCCCAACUUUAGUAGUGACGUUCUUCUGGUCCCAGAUCUCUCCACCUUCCAAAUCCUCCCGUGGGCAGACCAGACAGCUCGUCUCAUUUGUGACCCCUGCACUAUCACAGGCAUACCACUGCGAACGUCACCCCGCCUCAUCGCCAAACAGAUGCUCAGCCAGCUCCAGAGCAUGGGAUUCUCUCUCCACUCCUCCUUCACAUAUGAAUGCUGCAUUUUUGGAGCCCCGGAGAGAGUGGGACCCAAAUCUGUGUUCUUCCCCGCCACUACUCUUUUGAGCACCUAUGAUCUGCCCUUCCUACAGCAGCUUGUCAGGGGGAUGUAUUACAUGGGCGUUGAUGUUGAGAGCUUCUCAUCUGCAAAUGGACCAGGGCAGAUGGAGAUUUGCUUCAAACCCAGGUUCGGGAUCGAGGCCGCCGACAGCGCCUUCACCUUCCGCACUGGAAUCAAAGAGAUGGCCAGGAAGUAUGACUACAUCGCCACCUUCUUCACGGAUGACAGCAUCCACAAUUGCGGGUUGCUAUCACAUAGCCUUUGGGAUGCCAGUGGCAGAAGAAGUAUCUUCCACGUUGACAAUGGCGAACUUUCAGAAAUGGAUAAGAAAUGGCUCUUGGGUCUUCUCCACCACUCAGCUGCUCUAAGCUGCCUGCUGGCUCCGGGGAUCGGUUGUCAAAAUCAGCUGGCCAGAGCCAAAAAAGAUUCCAAGCACCAGCUUUAUGCCACGUGCGGCUGCAAUGACAACAGCUGCACCUUCAACGUGAAGGUUCACGGUGGACGGGAGACACACAUUGAGAACAAGCUGGGAACAGCCAUGGCCAACCCGUACAUAGUGCUGGCAGCCACAGUUGCAGCGGGACUGGAUGGUAUUAGACGGAAUCUCAAUACCGACCACAUCCUAAACCGAGCUUCAGUUCAGCAGAAACACUUUCCUGUUCCUGUUAAACUGGAAGAAGCUUUAGUGGCCCUGGCAGAUGACAGUGUGAUCCGUGGAGCGCUGGGAGAACCUUUUGUGCAGUAUUUCAUUGCAAUGAAAUGUAUUGAGAUUGAGACCCAAGAGCAGGAUGCUGAUAGAAACAAAGGACUUGAGUAUUUUAUUUGAAGAUAUAAGGAAAUUACUGAAUUUGAUGGAUGGUGUUGUGUAUUAAAA